ACGCCACGAUGGAAUUAACAUUGUUGUGUUUAAUAUAUUAUCUAAUUGAAGACACUAAUAGCGUGCGUAAUGUGGAUUCGCAAAUGUUCCUCUGGAAUCAACGGAAAGACUUUCAACCAGAAGCUAAGAAGCACGAGAAAGGAAUACGCAAUCCAGUCCAAGUCAGUAAACUUGCAACUAGAUACACAGGUGCCGUGAAUAGGGUUUCGUUUACAUAUCUCGAUACGGAAGAAGACUAUCAUUUAUCAAGCGUGUCUAGCAGAGAACAGCAAGAAGUACAAACAGAAGAACCAGAAGCAUUCAGUUCGAUACAGACUAUAGACCAAAGCCAACCGAACUUCAAGCGUAAGAAGAGUGUACAUGAAUUGCCCAAAAACUAUAAAAAUGAAAUUGAAGCAGGAGAAUUAGCCAAUAUGGUGCAGAACAAACGUCAUUUUGUUCCAAUGAAAUAUGAUUAUGGUGAUUUAGGACGGCGUUUUAUGUUGCGAGAUCCAUACACCAAAAUUCAGGAAACGAAUAAUUGGAGUAAUGUGGCUCCACAAAUAUUAGUCUUGAAUAAAAAGAAAAAGAAUAGUAAGAAGAAACACAUCCUAUCACGACAUAAGAAGCACGGCCAGGAGUAUUUCGAUACGGAAGAAUUGUUAUCCAGCUUGUCUGCCUCAGCAGAAGAAGAAGAAGAAGCAUUCGAAGUAAAAUAUUCACAAUCCUCGAUAGAAGAACAUGAAUUGCCCAAAAACUAUAAAAAUGAAAUGGAAGCAGGAGAGUUAGCCAACAUGGUGCAGAAUAAACGUCAUUUCGUUCCAAUGAAAUAUGAUUAUGAUGAUUUAGGACGGCGUUUUAUGUUGCGAGAUCCAUACAAAAUUCAAGAAACGAAUAAUUUGAGUAACGUGGAUCCACAAAUAUUAGUCUUGAAUAAACAGGAACGUAUCCAACCACAACCUAAGCAAGACCAGGAGUAUUUCGAUAAGGGAGAACUUUUAUCCAGCUUGUCUACCUCAACAGAAGAAGAACACACAGAAAAAGGUUCACAAUACUCCUACUCGAUACAAAGCCACCCAAAGUUCAAAAGUAUGAUGGGCAAAGUAAAUAAAAAUGAAAAGGAUUUGUACAAAAACUAUGAAAAUGAAAUUCAAGCAGGAGAGUUAGCUGACAUGGUGCAGAAUAAACGUCAUUUUGUUCCAAUGAAAUAUGAUUAUGAUGGUUUAGGACGGCGUUUUAUGUUGCGAGAUCCAUACACCAAAGUUCAAAAAAGAAAGCAUAAUGCAGACCAAGCUAAUGAAAUCGCAACUGAAAACACGGAUAGUAUUGAAGUCGACUAUUUUGAUAUCGAUGAACAACAGGAAGGAGAAACUUAUCUUGAGUCAUAUGUAGAAUAUGAAGAACAUGAGAAACGCGAAGCUAACAAUUCUGCGAGCUUAGAAGACAACGACCCGAGAAACGCCUAUGAGAAAGAUGUAAAUAAAAUGACUGAUUAUGAAGAUAAAACAGCCUAUCCGGAAGAAAAGCACAAAUACGAAAAAAAUGGAAAAUCGAUAAAUAUUACAUCGACUACCGACUGA